CAUUUAAACCAGUAACAUUGACCAGUUGCUAUGUAAAUAAAUGGUGCGAGGGGAGGGGGGCCCUUGGAGAUAAUUGGCCUCGGGGCCUUUGCAAGUCAUAAUCUGUCUCUGGAGCCAACAUGUAUCAGUCUCUUCAGAUGUGGCAGAGCUAAUGAGAACUACAGAUCCGAGAGCUGCCUUGGUGUGACUAUCCCAGAUGAGCACCUCAGUGGCUGUGCUGUUUAUCCUCAUCCAGACCAGCCAGUCUCGAGAGAGCUGAAGUCAGUGGGAGUACCUGACACUGUCUUCCUGCUUUAUGUGUUCACACACAACACAGAUAAAUGUUGAGCAGAGUCCAGUGUCCUGGCCUAUUCUGCUCACUGUCAGACAGACUUUGAUGGGCGACCUCUAGCAGGGGCAUGACCAUCUGCAGAGAGCAGCUCAGUGUGGAGAGAUACACACAUGAGUAUGUUGUGCAGACAGUGCUUCACAAGCUUUUCUAUUUGCUGGGCUUCAGUAAAGAGCUCUUCAGCAAGUGGAGGGAUUGUUCUCUCUCCUCUCAGAGUGUGGACUGCUGGUCUCAUGGUCAGGUGAACAGUACAGAUGAGACGGGGCUUGUCAGUGCUGUGAUCAGAACAAUGCAGAAUCACCUCAACUCUACUUACACUGACAUUGGAGCUCCAUUAGAGAACAAGGAUGCUGGUUCUGAUGGCCUCUCUUCACACUGGGUGGCCCGUGUGCUGCAGGGAUCCAUUAUGGCAGCUUCACUGGUGGUGCCAUCUCUGGUUCGGAUUGAUCCGGUCACACUCGCUGCCUUCCAGGAUACAGGCUGGUACUCUGUCAACCUCAGUCGAGCUCAGAGCCUCGUGUGGGGAGAGAGUGAAGGUGGUCAGUUUGGGUGUCUCUCUACAUGUCACAAUUCCUCGACCUUCUUUUGCACAGACAGUAGAUGAGGUUGUCAUUAUCUUCACCUCCACAAGGGGGAGGGUCUCACUGAUGUGUGCCUGGAUGGCUGCUGCAUUUUCAACCUGCUCCAAAUGUUGUGAGACUACUGUCCUGCUAAUAGUCAGCUGAUCUUUAUUUUCAUAGUCACUCUCUUUAUGUUCUUUUUAUAUUUCCUUGUGUUCUCAUUACAAAAAAAUAAAUAAAAUAAAAAUUGUUAUAAUAGAGUGAGUGUUGGAAAGAAGAGAAUAAGAGAGGGAAUGAAAUGGAGGAGUGGAGUGGUGAGAUCUACGGCUCUGACAGCCGCUGUUUCAUAUCCAACCUCAGCAGAAGGAUACUGCAUGUGCUCUCAUUUACAUAAGAAAUAUUUAUAAGUGUUGAAGAUG